UGACGUCAGAGAAACAGAGCUGGUACCGACUAAUGAUCCUCACCGUCCGGCUGCGUUUAAAGAAACUUACCUCUGAACGACGUCCUAACCAGCAGCAUUCACUGUUUGUCUUUGAAGUUUUCCGUCGCCACUCAUUAAGAGACUCGUCACAGUAAUGCAAACGGUAUUGGAAAUGCACAGUGAACCGUGUAGUUACCGAUAAUGUUACCUAGCUCGCAUUAACGCAGCGUAUGGCUAACGUACACACAACAAUGUCUCCUCGCUAAGAAAACAACUGGUGCUAUUUCUGUUGCGUUCACGUUUCAGGUGUGGUGGUGAGCCUAUGGAGAAGCCAUCGUCUUCAGACAGAGCAGCGCUGGAGGAGAGAAAAGGCCUGGUGGAGGAUGGUGGAGUGCUUAGAGGGGCUGAGGGCGGAGAAGCGGAUCCUCAGGUGCCGACCCAGAGGAAGAGCAGCUCCUCUCGCUCCUCCCGCAAAAGCUUCCGCCUGGACUAUCGGCUGGAGGAGGACGUGACCAAGUCUUCUCGAGACAAACAUGGCCGCUGGAUCAACCCCUGGUCCACAUGGCGGUUCCCUUCUUACCCCACCCUGCUCAGGUUCCUGUUGCUGGACAAAAAUCACAGCAAUGUACCAACUAGUAAAGAGGCCCUAGACAGUGAGCUCCCAGUGAUGGAACCGUACUUUGUGCAGAACCCAAGCCACUGUGACUCCAGUCCAGGUCUGAGAGUCACCUGGCUGGGUCACGCCACAGUUCUGGUUGAAAUGGACGGGCUGAACAUUCUGACAGACCCGAUUUUCAGCCAGAGGGCCUCACCGUUCCAGUUCAUGGGGCCUAAAAGGUUCAGAGGGCCCCCCUGCACUGUGGAACAGCUGCCCAGGAUCGAUGCUGUCGUCAUUAGUCACUCUCAUUAUGAUCACCUGGAUGCUGGAUCUGUGGCCAGCCUUAACGAACGCUUUGGAGGGGAGCUACGCUGGUUCGUGCCCCUUGGUUUAAUGGACUGGCUGGUGAAGGUGGGCUGUGAGAACGUGAUGGAGCUGGAUUGGUGGGAGGAGAACUGUGUGCCGGGUCACGAUGAUGUCACAUUUGUCUGCACACCCUCUCAGCACUGGAGCAAACGCACCGCGCUGGAUGAUAACAAGUCUUUAUGGGGCAGCUGGUCUGUUUUAGGUCCAGAACAUCGCUUCUUCUUCGCUGGUGAUACUGGUUACUGCCCAUCUUUCCAGGAGAUUGGGCGACGCUUUGGCCCAUUCGACCUCGCAGCAAUUCCUAUUGGAGCUUACCUGCCCAGGGAUGUGAUGCAGGGGCAGCACGUAGACCCAGAGGAGGCUGUUCAGAUUCACCAAGACCUUCAGGCCAAACAGUCUGUUGCUAUUCACUGGGGAACCUUUGCCCUCGCCUAUGAGUACUACCUGGAGCCGCCGGUUCGUCUCAGAGAGGCCUUGGAACAGAAAGGACUGAAACCAGAAUCCUUCUUCACCUUGCAUCACGGGGAGUCUCGCCUUAUAGCCUCACAGGGACGAGAAGUGUUUGACUGAUACUGUCUGUGGCUGUUUUGUGAGCUGAUUUUUAGAUUUGUGUCUGUAACAAAAGUUGAGAACAUUUCGUUUGAAACGCAUACACAUAUUCAGCUUUCAAUGGAGAAAAGAAAAUGUUCUACAA